GCACGCGAUCGAGCGAGCGGGUUUGCCUACUAUUAGGGGCCAUGGCGCCUUACGGGCAGAUCAAGUAGGCAAACAGCAUGCAUUGGCGCGUACAAAGAAAUAAACAUACGGUACAUACUCACUCUUGCUAUACGUACUAUCAUGGAGGCGACAGUCUCGGAUGAGGUUGAUAAGCCAGAAGUAGAGACAGUACAAGCAAAGGUACAAAGCUUGUACCAUCCCCGCACACACUGAAAUUACCUCCUGCCACAACACCUCCGCGACAACUAAGAAAGUUGAUUGAAACCAUGGACGAAAAUCAUAGGCAGAUGAUAAAAGACAAUAUAGAUAAACUGAGUGAGGAAUGCAAUUUUUCCAACAUACUAGAGUUUCUGAAAUACCGUAACAUAUUUACUAAGAGAGAACUACUGAACUAUGCGAGCCCAAAUUUUCAACAAAAACCUGAAGAAGAAAGAUGUCGACAAAUAUUCACUGAUAUCCAGACUCGAGGCCCCACUGCAUUUAAAGUUCUUCUCGAGUGCCUUCAAGCUACAGGCCAUGCCAAACAGCACUUAUUACUGAAACCGGGCAGAGUCGCAGUUCUUCCCCAAAAUGAUUCAAUAGCUAUUAAAAAGUCAAAAUCUUUUCCUCGAAAUCAAGACGUAUAUAAAAUGAAGUCAUAUCCAAAAGGCCUUUUUAUUUUUAUAAAUAAUAUAAAGUUUGAAAGAGCUGUAGAAAGAGAUGGUGCCGAGAAGGAUGAGGAGUUUAUUGACAUCCUUAGAGAAAUGGGCUUUUCUGGUGAUAACGCACAUAACAACAAAACUGUACAGGAAAUGUGGGAUUUGCUUUUAAGAUUUAGUAGUCAAGAAACUCUUGCCAAAGUUGAUUCUUGUAUAGUACUCAUAUCAAGUCAUGGGGAUAUCCUUGAGACACGGUCAAGAGACAGAAACAUAACUGAGCGUGAAUUAUACAUAGAUGGAGUGGAUGAUAUCACUUCUCAAAAUGCAGGAAACCACUUGCUGUGUAAAGAUAUAAUUGCCCUGUUCAACUCUGAUCAGUGCAAGCUUCGAAAGGGCUGUCCCAAGAUAUUUAUCUUACAAGCUUGCAGAGGUCCAAGAAGUGUUCAUCGUGGUAAAGCAGAUGGGCCAAUCUCUAAGCAUUUGAAACAAACACACCCUAAUUGGAGAGAUACUUUCCUUCUAGCCCCAAGCAUGGAGGGAUUUAAGGCCAAUAGGGACCCAGAGCGUGGUUCUUGGCUGUUUAUGGCUCUCAAAGAAGUUUUCCCAGAACAUGCUUACAACAAAGAUCUAGAAACAAUGAAGAAUCUGAUGAAUAAAUGUUUUGAUGAGUAUGCUCGCAAAUCAUCUGAUGAACUCCAGCAAACUCUAUCAUACUAUGAGUAUGGGGUAUCUAAAAAGUUAUAUUUCUCUCCUGGACUUCAUGGUAGCAGAGAUGAUGUGGAUUAGUCUUCUUUUUACUUUAUCAACUAAUAUUAAACAAAUUGUUAAAGGUAAGGCUCCAAAUAAAAUAUUUACUGUGACGUUUA